GAGUGGCGUUGGCAGCCUGUCAAUCCCUCACCGGAGCGGCCAUCAAACAACAUAAAACACACACAGUCACCGGCCGCCGCCUCAUAAAUUCCCGCUGCCGGAUAUUUUUGCACAGUGCUUUGCCGAGAGUCGUGUCAUUAAUUUUUUUUUCCCCCCCCCCUCCUCCUCUCCCUUCUCUCCUCUCGACCUCCCCUGCUUUUAUUAUUAUUAUUAUUAUUAUUAUUGCUAUUUUUCUUCCUCACAACUUCAAACUUUUGAGGUGUUUUUCCUCAUUUUUCCGGGGUUUUUGUUGUUGUCGAGCCCCUCAGCACACACCACUCCCGGUCGGGCGGGGGGGAGGGGGGCAACUCAUUCCCCUAAUAAUUUUUUUUUUUAAUUUUCUCCCCCCCCCUUUUUUUUUUUAAUUUUCUGCCCCCCACACACUUUUUUUAAUUUUUUUUUUUUUUUACUGUUUUGUCGGCUUUUUUUUUUAAUUGUUAUUUUGUGGCGGGGCGGGGGCGGGGGGGCUCCGGGAUUGUUUUGUUUCCUCCUCGCUGGGUUUUUUUUUUAAUUUCCGAUUUCUCUCCCCGUGUGUGCGUGUGUUGUUCGGGCCGAGAAGCACCGGGCGCUCGCUCUUCUUUCCGGACCAAAGCCCCGGCAACAAAAAGGCAGCAGGGAACAAGCCAAGCGGUGGAGGAAGAUUUUCUCUUUUUCUCCUUCCUUUCCCCCCCCCGCCCCCCGUUUUGUUUUUUGUUUUUUUUCCCGCCCCCCCACCCGGACACGCGAACUGCGAGGAAAGCUGCUCAAGUGCUCGGUGCCCGCCGCAAACAUGCUGGCGAUGAUGAUGAUGAAGGAAGAUUGUAACUAGAGAAGAGGGUGAUUUACUGCGCGGGGAAGGAGCGGAGCGUGGAAUAAACAACCGAGAUCCGGGCAAAGCCCAAAUACUGAUUUUUGUUUUUUUUAUUAUUAUUAUUUUUCUUCACCUAUCUAGAUUUUAUUUUUUUUUUUAAUUUUUUUUCUCCCGCCAGGAACUGCCGCUGCCUGCCAGAGCCAGAGAUUUAUUUGCCUUUUCUUUUGGAGGCAGCAGCUCCUUGCUCGCUCGCCCGGCUCGUGCUCCGCUCCGCCGCCGCUCGCCCGCCCGGGCUGCGGGAGGAGCAUGGAUGAUCAGUCCAGGAUGCUGCAGACUCUGGCCGGGGUGAACCUGGCCGGCCACUCGGUGCAGGGGGGCAUGGCUCUGCCUCCUCCCCACGGACACGAAGGGGCAGACGGCGACGGCAGGAAGCAGGACAUCGGAGACAUCCUCCAUCAGAUCAUGACCAUCACUGACCAAAGCCUGGAUGAGGCACAAGCAAAAAAGCAUGCACUGAACUGCCACAGGAUGAAGCCUGCUCUGUUCAGUGUCCUGUGUGAAAUCAAAGAGAAAACAGGUUUGAGCAUCAGAGGAGCCCAGGAGGAAGACCCUCCCGAUCCCCAGCUGAUGAGACUGGACAACAUGCUGCUGGCGGAAGGGGUGUCAGGUCCGGAGAAAGGUGGGGGAUCGGCAGCAGCAGCUGCAGCAGCAGCCGCCUCUGGAGGGUCUUCAGAUAACUCUAUUGAACACUCAGAUUACAGAGCCAAAUUGACCCAGAUCAGACAAAUCUAUCACACAGAGUUGGAGAAAUAUGAACAGGCCUGUAACGAAUUCACCACGCAUGUGAUGAACCUGCUCCGAGAACAGAGUCGGACACGCCCCAUCUCUCCGAAGGAGAUCGAGAGGAUGGUGGGCAUCAUUCAUCGAAAGUUCAGCUCCAUCCAGAUGCAGCUCAAACAAAGCACUUGUGAAGCAGUCAUGAUUUUAAGAUCGCGGUUCCUUGAUGCCAGACGGAAACGACGUAACUUCAGCAAACAAGCCACAGAAAUCUUGAAUGAGUAUUUUUACUCCCACCUCAGUAACCCCUACCCCAGUGAAGAAGCCAAAGAAGAGCUGGCAAAGAAAUGCAGCAUCACAGUAUCACAGGUAUCCAACUGGUUUGGCAAUAAGAGAAUCAGGUACAAGAAGAACAUAGGGAAGUUUCAGGAAGAAGCCAAUCUCUACGCUGCAAAGACGGCUGUGACCGCAGCACACGCCGUGGCAGCCGCCGUCCAGAAUAACCAGACAAACUCCCCGACCACACCAAACUCUGGUUCUUCUGGUUCUUUUAACCUCCCAAAUUCUGGGGACAUGUUCAUGAACAUGCAGAGUCUGAAUGGGGAUUCUUACCAGGGGUCCCAAGUCGGAGCCAAUGUGCAAUCACAGGUGGAUACCCUCCGUCAUGUUAUCAAUCAGACGGGAGGAUACAAUGAUGGCUUGGGAGGAAAUUCACUGUACAGUCCACACAAUUUAAAUGCUAAUGGAGGCUGGCAGGACGCAACGACUCCAUCUUCUGUGACUUCCCCUACAGAAGGGCCGGGAAGUGUGCACUCCGAUACCUCUAACUAAUCUCCUAGCAACACUUUUUCCCUGCGCUGAGAUGCCGUGGUUAGCGCAUUCAGAGUCACAGGAGAAAAAGGAAAGAAUCUUUUUUGUAGCCAAGCACCUAUAGCUUUACUGUAAAACCUUGUCUUACUAGAAAACUUGGUAAAUCUGUUUUUUAAAGGUAUCAUAAUCAUUUGUAUUUAUACUUAAAACACACAAUGUUAAAAAGCACUUUAUCCAAUUAGGCCAAGAUUUAGCAUUGUUUAUAGCCCUGUAACUAUUUUAUCAUAAUUUAUUAUCAACAAUUUUAGCGAUGACGGUCUAACAGUUGCCAAUUACUUGGCCUUAAGGGUAAAAGUACAGUAUAAGCUUAACCUCAGUAGCAGGAGCAGACACAAAGAAACACCUCACCUAAAUUUAACUUCGUGCAUAUUUCCAUGGAAAGCCUAAAUGAAUUACAGACUUUGAUUGUGUUUAAUCUUUUCAUAUCUCUUAUAGAGUUGGAAUAAAAAGAGCUGUUCAGUUAUUUCAGUUAA